AUGCUGUUAUGGACCAUAAAUGAUUUUCCAGCUUAUGGAAACUUAGCUGGAUGUGCGACUAAAGGGAAGUAUGGUUGUCCUAUAUGUGGAGAGAACUCAAAUGUUGUUUGGUUGAAGCAUAGUAAGAAGAUGUCCUUUUGCAAUCAUAUUCGAUUUAUUCCACAACAUCACCCAUAUCGAAAGAAGAAAUAUACAACUCCUAGGGCAAGGGAAAGAGCACCACAAUGUCCAACUAUAUUAACAGGUGUUGAAGUAGCUGAGCAGUUAAGUGAAUUCACUAAUGAUUUUGGCAAGGGUAGAAAUAGGGGUCGUGGUUUAGAGUUUGAUAAAGGAUGGAAGAAAAAGUCAAUUUUUUUAGGCUCCCUUAUUGGGAGAUCUUGGUUGUUUGUCACAACUUGGAUGUUAUGCAUGUUGAAAAAAAAUAUUUAUGAAAGCAUUCUUAACUCAUUGUUGGAUUGCAAAGGAAAAUCUAAAGAUCAUUACAACUCGAGGUUAGAUUUGACAGAGAUGGGCAUUAUGAGUCAUCUCAACCCAUAUGAAGAAGAAGGAAUUACUCGUCUUCCUGCUGCAGCUUACACUUUGUCAAAAUCAGAUAAGAAGUUGUUUUGUAAGAGACUAUUUGACUUGAAAUUGCCUUAUGGAUAUAGUUAUAAGAUUAGCAACUGUGUAGAUAUGGAGAAACAUAAGCUAACAGAACUUAAAUAUCAGGACUGUCAUGUGAUUAUGCAACAAUUGUUAGCUAUUGCUAUAAGGGGUUUAAUGGAGGAAGGUUGUAGAGAGACAAUCCUUAGACUUUGUAGGUUUUUCCAUGAAUUGUGUCAACGUGUGGUUGAUAAGGAGGAGAUUAUAAAAUUGGAAUUAGAAUCUGCUGAAAUUGUCUACAAACUAGAAGAAUAUUUCCGACCUUCUUUCUUUGACACAAUGAUUCACUUGCAUAAUGAUAAUCAAGAUAGUACUGAAAUUGAAGAAAAUCCACUAUCAGCUGGAGAAUGCUUUGAACUUGACCAAGGGGAUAUAGCAGUAGCCCACCGAUAUGUGUUAUUCAACUCAGAUAUUGUAGUACCGUUUCUCAAUAUCCAUAUGGAUGAGCUAAAAGAAAUGCACAAAAACUUGAAGGAUAAUCAAACUUUGUUGUGGAAUCGACAUUCUGAAGGGUUCCCCUUAUGGUUUUAUGAUAAGAUUUCUAAAUCUAACAAAGUAGAUGACAUCUUAGCUCAAUUAGCUGAAGGCCCAAGUUGUAGUGUCAUUUCCUAUAAAGGUUACAUGAUUAAUGAAAUUUGGUUUCAUAAAAGAGGUGUUGAAAAAACUACUCAAAACAGUAGUGCAUACUUGGAAUCACAUGGCAGUGGGCAGUUGAAUGAUAUAGAAGAGUAUUUUGGAGUUAUCAAGGAUACACUAUUUCUUGAUUAUUUUACUUUUAAGGUGCCUUUAUUUUGGUGCGAUUGGGAAAAUAUUCAAAAUGGUGUUAAGAAGUUGGAUUUCUAUACACUUGUAAAUUUUAAUAUAGGGCAAAAUCAGUCUAUUAGGGAUCCAUAUGUAUUAGCAUCUCAAGUUAAAAAGGCAUUUUAUGCAAGAGAGAAUGAGUCAUCUAAUUGGUAUAUAGCUUUAAAGGAUUCAAAUAGAGGGUGUUUGGGGCUAGAAUGA